GUGGGAGUCGGUUGAAAAAAGGAAAAAUAAUGAAGUUGAUAUUUUUUAUAACAAUCGUAGCAGUGGCUGUAUGGGCCUGCAACGCUUCAUGCUACAAGAAGAAAGUGCCACCAUCACCUUGCCCGAAAGGCGAGGUUCGUAACACGUGCGGUUCGGCUUGCCCACCCACCUGUGAAAAUAAAGACGAACCGCCAAUAUGCACUUCACAAUGUGUCGACGGAUGCUUCUGUGCCAAGGGUACCUACCGCAACAAGAAAGGCAAAUGCACUGCGGAUUGUUCUCCACCAAUCAAAUGCAAAGCUAACGAGGUAUACAACCCGUGUCGUAUAACAUGCCCCCCUCAAACGUGUGACUCAACCUACACCACCUAUGACUGCCGUAAUGCUACGAAGUGCGAGCCUGGGUGUGACUGCAUCUCCGAAUACUUGAGGAACGGGACUGCCAAAGACCUUUGUAUACCUAGCCGCCUGUGCCCGCCUCCCUGCCCGAAAGGCGAGUACCAUGACACGUGUGGAACCGCUUGCCCAAUCACCUGUAAAAAUAUCGAAAAUCCGCCAAAAACAUGCACCAGGCAAUGUGUCGAUGCAUGCUACUGUAACAGGGGUACCUACCGCAACAAGAAAGGCAAAUGCGUUAAGGAUUGCUCUAAGGAUGCAUAAUAAAGUAUAGAUGGAUCAUCAUCAUAUCACACGAUAUCUUAGGUAAUUACAUUUAUAGUUGGAUGAGUUGUAGGUAGAUACCUAACGACACAUAAAGCUGUUGGAAAAAAA